AUGAUCGAAACACAAGACUCCAUUGCAAUAACGGUUCCUAAUUCUCAUGAUGAAAAUGACAAUAAAGUAUUAAAUGUAGCUCCCAAAUCAAAUGUAACGGAUAGCUAUUAUGAGGAUGAAAAGUCCGUACUAUUACCUAUCAAAGAAUUAGUGCUUGUGUUCUUAGCAUUGCUUCUUGCCGUAUUUUUAGCAGGAUUGGAUCAAAUGAUAAUAGCAACAUGUUUACCAAAUAUUGUAUCAGAAUUUAAUUCAUUAGACCAAAUAACAUGGAUCGGAACUGCCUAUUUAUUAACCUCAACAACUUCACAACCAAUUUCUGGAAAGGUUUCUGACAUAUUUGGAAGGAAACCUACAUUUUUAGUUGCUCUUGGAACUUUUAUAAUAGCAUCAGUUUUAUGCGGUGCCGCUCAAAAUAUGAUCAUGCUAAUUGUAUUUCGUGGUUUGUCUGGGUUGGGUGCUGGAGCAAUUAUAAACUUAUUAAUGAUUAUAAUGUCAGAUGUCACUAGUCAACGUGAUCGCGGAAAAUAUCAAGGUAUUAUCGGAGGAGUUUGGGGCAUAUCCUCAAUCGUAGGACCUUUGGCCGGAGGCCUCUUUUCUGAUCACCUAAGCUGGAGAUGGGCUUUCUUUAUCAAUCUUCCAAUUGGACUCAUAACUAUAAUAAUAGUGAUUUUUUUCUUACAUCUUCCAAGACCUACUGGUUCUUUAGGUGAAAAACUUAAAAGAAUUGAUUAUUUGGGUUCUUGUCUUAUAUUUACUACUGUAGUUUGUUUAUUAUUACCAACUAAUUGGGGUGGUGACACUUAUCCUUGGAAUAGUCCUCAAAUAAUUACUUUAUACAUUGCUAGUUUUAUUUUUUUAUUAAUUCUGAUUUAUGUGGAAACUAAAGUUGCUUCUGAACCUAUCAUACCUGCUCAAAUAUUUAAAGUGCGAACCGCAAUUGCAACUUUUAUAUUUAAUUUGUUAUUUGGGAUGGUGUUUUACUCGAUGGUAUUCUACACCCCUUUAUACUUCCAGGUAAUGAAAGGUGUUUCAGCUACAGAGUCAGGCCUGUUGAUAUUACCACUUAUUCUCGGAUUAGUAAUAUUUUCAGCUGUUGCUGGACUAAUAACAACAUACACUGGAAGAGUUCGUGAAAUUAUUUGGAUCGGUUCCUUAAUCUCAGUUGCUGGUGCAGUACUUAUUAGCAUAUUUUUUGAUAUCAGCUCGACAACAGGUCAACAAAUUGGUUAUUUGCUUUUAAUUGGAUGUGGAUUUGGUUUGGUAGCUCAAACUACAUUACUUUCUCUACAAAGUUGUGUUGAGAUUGAAUAUUUAGCUACUGUUACUGCUAUGUAUAAUUUUAGUCGCAUUAUUGGUGGUAUUUUUGGUGUAGCAAUUUUAGGUGCAAUUUUCAAUAAUGUACUUUCUGAAGGACUUUCAACCUAUUCUCAAUUAUCUCCAGGAACAUUUAAUCUUGAACGAGCAAGAAGAGAACCAUUGUAUCUUUGGCAACUAACUGAUUUGGAUGUAAGACAAAAUAUCAUGCAAAUUUACGUUAAUGCAUUACAAGCUGCUUAUAGGCUUAAUAUUCCUCAUUAUGAUUUAAAAAAGACAAUAACACAGCAAAACGAAAAACAGUAA